AUGUGUACUAGUCAAGGUGCCUCAGGCAUAUCCACCUCUAUCCCUGAGAGUGACCCAAUUAGGUCAGAGAAUAAUGCCCUAAACAGAGCUAAGAUAAAGGAAAUUCAGGCUUAUGAGCGACCAGAGCCUGCCUUCUGCAAGGAGGGGUCCCCAUGGGACAAGUACCACCGAUUUGCCAAAUUUGGGAGAGCCGGAACCACCUCCCUGGCUACUGACUCCAGUGGACAAGCGCCGAGAAAUAUCGUUCAACUACGAGAUGCAUGGUUCUGUAUCGACACGGUGUAUUUGAUCUACGAACGAAUGGACAUCAUGCUCGAUCGACUUCAAUCGUUUUUUGGAUUCACGGAAGAGCACAUUUCGAUUGUCCUGAAUGCUCUGAGAUUUGUUCAUUACGAACUUGAUAUCGACUAUAUUGGAUCUAUCUACGAGAAUUUAUACUUUUCAGAUGAUGGAGCAAUCAAGCUCGGUAUGAGCAAUCAAAUAUUUAAUGAGGAAAUCACUGACAACACGAAUAGGAAAUAUUGGGGCCUCUCUGAUCUGCACACCCUGCGCUUGCGUCAUGCUUUGUUUUAG